AUGACAACCGUUACGCCUGUUGACCCGGACCAUUACAUCCAUCCACGCCCGAUUCAGGUACCGAUAUGUAACCGGUUGAGGCAUGAGGUGGUCAGUCAGGAUCUUAUGGAGCAAGCUGUCUUACUGGUUAAGGCAUUAGGGCGUCGGCGCCGCUGGUUACGGGCCACUUACGGCAGAGUCGAAGAUCACAUCUUCUGGAACUGCAAAAUGAACCAUGAAGAAAGGUCAAUAACAUCUCAAAGAAUACCCACUGAUCAGAUAGUUUGUUUAUCACAAGCUCCGCAAUCAGCCACUCCGGAACCACCAAUUGAAGAACUGCCCCCAAACCUUCAAGAAAUCGUGAAAUUAUUCCAAUCAGUUCAAGAACAGAGAGCUAAGUAUGAGCAGCUUUUGUUUUAUGGGAGGAAUUUGAAGCCUUUGGAUAUUCAGUACAAGACCAAUGAGAAUAAAGUUGAGGGUUGUGUUUCGAAGAUAUGGGUUAGAGCCUACUUUGAUGAUGAUAAAAAUGUGGUCUUCGAGACGGACUCCGACGCCCUAUUCACAAAAGGGUUAGUGGCUUUGCUUGUUCUAGGCCUAUCCGGAAGGCCAGCUGAGGAAAUCGUGAAUGUUUCGCCUGCUUUUGCUCCGAUGCUUGGAUUGAACCAUAAGGUUACACCUUACAGGAAUGAUGGAUUCUUGAAUACGUUGAAGUUAAUGAAGGAAAAAGCUUUGCAAUUGUACAUGGAAGCUGAAACAAUUGACGGCAAUGUUGCAAUCCACGAAACAUCUGAGAAAAGAAGCUCAGAUGAGAAUAAGAAUGACAAUUCAACAUCUCGUGUGGAUCGGGAUUUGAAGAAUGCGGAAGAUGUUGGCAUAGAUUGAUUUAUGGUUUGUAGCUAGAUGAACUGCAAAAUGGACUACACGCAUUGUCCAUCGUGGCCAAAGCACCAUCUGAAAUGAGUGAGAGUAGCAGAUGGAUCUAUCAUUGCUAAAAGAGGUCCUUCUUUUCAGUUCCUUUUUCGUUGAUUUGAAAGCAAAAAAUUACUGCUGUAUGUAUCAGGUCCAUUUUGUAGUUGAGCAAUGAGAAUAAAGUUUUUAUACUUGCAGAAUUAACCCAAGUUGUGGCAAUUGCAUGAUGAAUUUUCCCCCCUUUUAAC